AUGGCUACUACAUACCACGGAGAGUAUACGGGCCCUGCACAGCUGCUGUCGUUUGAUGGCCUCCUGUUUGAUUUUGAUGGCACGAUCAUUGAUUCUACGGCUGGAAGGGAGUUGGGUGUAGACCCGGAGGCCAUCCUUGCUACUUCCCACGGAAGGAGAAGUAUUGAUACUCUGGCUCUAUACGAUGAGAGCAAAGCCAACUGGGAGUACGUCAGCGCAAUUGAAGGCGCUCUGCCCCGAAAGUACGGGCAAGAUGCCACCGAAAUACCUGGAGCACGAGCUCUCCUCAAACAGCUCGUCGAUGCCAAUGCUCCCUGGGCAGUCGUCACUUCCGGUACUCGAGCACUAGUGACCGGCUGGCUCGAAGUCCUCCAGCUCGCACAUCCCAAAUAUCUCGUAGUUGCCGAGGAUGUGCAACAAGGCAAACCCGACCCGCAAUGCUACCAGCUCGGGCGAUCAAAGCUCAGCAAUGACGUGGGUUUUCCCCAGGAAUCGACCAAUAUGUUGGUGGUUGAGGACGCGCCAUCUGGUAUCAAGGCUGGUAAGGCAGCUGGGUUCAAGGUCCUUGCUCUUGAGACGACACAUACUGUCCAGCAGCUAAAGGAUGCGGGUGCGGAUUGGAUUGUGAAGGAUUUGAGAAGUGUGCAGCUCAAGUCGUGGAGUCAGGGGAGCAAAGUCGAGGUUGAGAUCAAAGAUACGCUGCAGUCCUGA